CCUUCCACUCAAAAAAGAAAAAGAGGUGGAACACAAAUGCAAAGUGUACAUGGACGGAGUGAGCGCAAACUGAUCGUGCUAAAUGAGUUGCACCAACCCAUUGGUCCUACUGAAGCAAUUGUGAAAGAGUUGGGUAGCUUCCUCGGCACAUUGGCAAGGAAUGGGACCUUCUGUCCUCUGAAUGUGUUUAAAUGGAAGAAAUUGAAGACACAUGAUGAUAUGUGGAACUAUACCAUGCUUUGAAUUUCUCAAUGUUCCAAUUUUUACUUGAAAAUAUUUCAGAUUUUUUGCACUAACCCAAUUGCACCAAAUUGUAGGAGAAAUAUGACAUUCCUAAAGUUGCGAAAGAAUGGGCUUUGCGAACAAUUCAACUUGCUUGGAGAAAGUAUAAGAAUGGGUUGAAGAAGAAACACUACUAUCGCUAUGCCAAUGACGAAAUUCGAAUGGCAAAAAGGCCUAAAGAAGUUUCAGAAUCUCAAUUUAAGGCUCUCCUCGAAUAUUGGAACUCCGAUGCGGCUCAAGACAUGUCCAGAAAAAAUACAGAGAAUCGAAAAAAGUUGAGGUAUCCACACACUGUUGGCAAAACAAGUUUUGCUAUAAUCCGCGAGAAAAAAAAAAAAAAGGAAAAUCCUGAAGCUUUGUCUAGUAAGGAGUUUUUUGUGGCUACUAGAAGAAGGAAACCAGGCCGAGUAUACAAGGACUCAUAUGAAGAUACGACUAGCAAAAUAGCUGAAAUGGAGAGAAUAGAAACUCAAGAAAGUGAAGAUGGCAGUCAAUCAGUUGACGCAUAUGUAUCAGUAAUGGGACCUGAUCAUCCAGGUCGAGUAAGAUUGUAUGGACGUGGGGUUACCAAGACUCUCUUGAAACAGAAAGCGGCAGAUACUGGACUCUCUUCAAAUGUUACUGAUGAACUGGAGAAAACAAUGGAGGAGAUAGAAGAGAGGAUGCAACAAAGAAUGCAGGAAAAAUUCAACACGCAAAAAGAUACCAUGGAACAAGAUAUUACAAUGAAAGUCAUUGCAAAAAUUCAGCAGCUAAAUCCAGAAUUCCGACUUGAUCCUAAUAUGUUAAGGUUCAGUGUUCGCUCACCCGGAGAAGCUUCCUCUACACCUGGUAACAAUCAAGGUGUCGAAAAUGAAGAAAGGGAAGGAGACAAUGAACACGUUGAUCUUACUUGAGAAGAUCUUUUAUGAAGCUUGUACAUGUUCUAAGAAUCUUUUUGCUAUCGAACAUGUUGAAACUUAUCCUAAAUCUUGAAAUGUAAAACUUAACUAUGCAUUUUGGGUUGAACAUUUUGCUUUUACAGGUAUGUUGGAUUAGGAAUGUUGGAUAUAUAUUUUGGACUAUGAAUUAAUGUUGGACAUUUUGGAUUAUGAUGAAUGUUGGAUAUUUUGGAUUAUGAAAAAUUGUGCUUUCUGAUUUAUUGAA